CGUUGCGGAGGAGGAAGUUCCGCUAAACAAUCUUAGCCCUCAAGUUAGCUAGCAAGCUAGCUGUCCAAUGCAAAACUAAUUUUGAUCCCAACCUAAAACAUUUAGAAAUGAGUUAGCUUGUUUGCUCUACAAAUAGAUAACUUCACAGCUAAGUAUGAACUCCACUUAUUUUUACUGCUCAAUAAGAGAGCUUUAUAUGUCGUUUUUUUCUAUUCCGCUCUGAUUAUAGCUAUCUCUCUAGCUCGUUUGCUUGUUAACCUAGCCAUUCCCAUACAAAGAAGCAGGUACAGUACAUGAUCUAAGUUAAGAUGAAUCGUCCAAAGCCUACAGCACUAAGGCGUCCCAGUGCCGCAAAACCAUCAGGACACCCUCCGCCUGGGGACUUCAUAGCACUGGGGUCAAAGAGCCAGGGUGGAGAGUCAAAAGCACCUGCGGUACUUCUGAAGCCAUCAUCCACCCCCUCUGACCGUAAACGAGAGGCUUCUUCAUCGAUCCCUUCCUCCUCUGGCCUGUCCAGCCUUGUGAAGCGCCCCAAAUUAUCCUCUACCCCUCCCGUAAGUGCUCUGGGGCGACUGGCUGACGUGGUUGCAGUGGACAAGAGAGCUAUAUCACCCUCUAUCAAGGAACCCUCAGUGGUGCCAUUAGAAGUCCCCCCAGCUGUGCUGUUAGAUGAGAUUGAAGCAGCAGAAUCAGAGGGAAACGAUGACCGCAUCGAGGGAGUGCUGUGUGGGGCAGUCAAACAACUGAAGAUGAACAGAGCCAAGCCUGACAUCACACUGUACCUCAGCCUCAUGUUUCUGGCUAAGAUUAAGCCCAACGUCUUUGCCACGGAAGGCAUUAUUGAGGCGUUGUGCAGUCUUCUUCGACGAGAUGCCUCAAUCAACUUCAAAGCCAAAGGUAACAGCCUUGUGUCUGUGCUCGCCUGCAAUCUGCUGAUGGCUGCCUAUGAGGAGGAUGAGAACUGGCCAGAGAUCUUUGUCAAAGUGUACAUAGAGGACUCUCUGGGGGAGAGAAUCUGGGUGGACAGUUCCCACUGUAAGAACUUUGUUGACAACAUUCAGACUGCCUUUGGCACCAAGAUGCCCCCUAAAAGUAUGCUGCUGCAGACAGACACUGGCCGCUCUGCAGGGGAUCUGAGUGCAGGCAGCAGUCCUCAUCCCUCCACCCCAGAUGAGGAUGAUAGCCAGACUGAGUUGCUGAUUGCCGAGGAGAAGCUUAGCCCUGAGGACGAUGGUCAAGUUAUGCCAAGGUAUGAGGAGUUGGCUGAGAGCGUGGAGGACUACGUGCUGGACGUCCUGAGGGAUCAGUUGAACCGCAGGCAGCCCAUGGACAACGUCUCCCGGAACCUUCUGCGUUUGCUCACUGCCACCUGUGGCUAUAAGGAGGUGCGGCUCAUGGCUGUGCAGAGGCUGGAGAUGUGGCUGCAGAACCCAAAGUUGACUCGCCCAGCUCAGGACCUCCUCAUGUCGCUGUGUAUGAACUGCAACUCUCACGGAGCGGAUGACAUGGAGGUGAUCUCUAACCUGAUCAAGAUCCGCCUCAAACCCAAAGUCCUGCUCAAUCACUACAUGCUCUGUGUCAGAGAGCUUCUGAACGCACACAGAGACAACCUCGGCACAAUGGUGAAGCUUGUGAUCUUUAACGAGCUGUCCAAUGCCAGGAACCCCAACAACAUGCAGGUUCUCCACACGGUUCUCCAGCACAGCCCAGAGCAGGCUCCCAAGUUUCUUGCCAUGGUGUUCCAAGACCUGCUGACUAACAAGGACGAUUACCUCCGAGCCUCGCGGGCUUUGCUGAGGGAGAUCGUCAAACAGACCAAGCACGAGAUCAACUUCCAGUCCUUCUGUCUGGGCCUGAUGCAGGAGAGGAAGGAGGCCACCUAUGUAGACUUGGAGUUCAAGGAACGGUUUGUCAUCCAGGUGACUGACCUUCUUACAGUGUCCAUGAUGCUGGGCAUCACCGCUCAGGUCAAGGAGGCCGGCGUCGCCUGGGACAAAGGAGAGAAGAAGAGUGCGUAUCUCGAGGUGCUGAGGUCCUUCCAGAACCAGAUAGCAGCCAUCCAGAGGGAUGCUGUGUGGUGGCUUCACACGGUCGUGCCCACCAUCAGCAAAACGGGUCCCAAGGACUAUGUCCACUGCCUUCACAAGGUGCUUUUCACAGAGCAGCCAGAGACUUACUACAAAUGGGACAACUGGCCCCCUGAGAGCGACAGGAACUUUUUCCUUCGUCUGUGCUCUGAAGUGCCCCUGCUGGAGGACACAUUGAUGCGUAUCCUGGUCAUCGGCCUGUCACGCGAACUGCCUCUGGGCCCCGCUGACGCCAUGGAGCUGGCCGACCACCUGGUGAAGAGGGCAGCCGGGGUCCAGUCAGAUGAUCUGGAUGUGCUGAAAGUGGAGAGGAUCCAGCUCAUCGAUGCAGUGCUGAACCUGUGCACAUAUCACCACCCUGAGAACAUCCAACUGCCUGCAGGGUAUCAACCUCCAAACCUGGCGAUAUCUACUCUAUAUUGGAAGGCGUGGCUUCUACUGCUUGUUGUGGCUGCAUUCAAUCCUCAGAAGAUAGGCUUGGCAGCUUGGGAUGGCUAUCCCACACUGAAAAUGCUCAUGGAAAUGGUCAUGACCAAUAACUACUCCUACCCUCCCUGCACGGUUGCGGACGAGGAGACCAAGACCGAGAUGAUCAGCCGGGAGCUGCAGAUCUCCCAGAGAGAGAAGCAGGAGAUUCUGGCCUUUGAGAGCCACCUGGCAGCAGCUUCCACCAAGCAGACCAUCACAGAGAGCAACAGUCUGCUGCUGUGCCAGCUCACCAGUCUGGACCCACAGGGCCCUCCUCGCAGACCUCCUCCCCAGGUCCAGGAACAGGUGAAGACCCUAAACCAGUCCCUGCGUCUGGGCCACCUGCUUUGUCGCAGCCGCAACCCCGACUUCCUGCUCAACAUCAUCCAGAGACAGGCCUCGUCCCAGUCAAUGCCUUGGCUGGCUGACCUGGUGCAGUCCAGUGAAGGGUCCUUGGAUGUGCUGCCUGUGCAGUGCCUGUGUGAGUUCCUGCUCCACGAUGCUGCGGACGACACCAUGCCCAUCGAAGACGAGGACGAGGCAGAGAGCAAAGAGCAGAGAGCCAAAAAGCGACAAAGGCAGCAGAAACAGAGGCAGCUGCUUGGAAGGCUGCAGGACCUGCUGUUGGGUCCUAAAGCAGAUGAGCAGACCACAUGUGAGGUGCUGGACUACUUCCUGCGCAGGCUCAGCUCCUCUCAGGUGGCUUCAAGAGUGCUGGCCAUGAAGGGCCUGUCUCUGGUGCUGACGGAGGGCGGGCUGAAGGAUGGAGAGGAGAGGGACCAGCCCAUGGAGGAAGACUCGGCCGACGGCGAGCUGUUGCCAGGUUACCAGUGGCUGCUUCAAGACCUCCCCAAACUCCCGCUGUUUGACAGCGUGCGAGGCAUGACGUCCACUGCCCUACAGCAGGCCAUACACAUGGAGACAGACCCUCAGACCAUCAGCGCCUACCUCAUAUACCUAUCCCAGCAUGCCCCGGUGGAGGAGCAGUCAUCUCACAACGACCUGGCGCUGGACAUAGCGCGGCUGAUCGUGGAGCGCUCCACCAUCAUGAACAGUCUGUUCUCCAAGCACUCCUACAGGCCAGAGUCCCACGCCGUGCUCUCCGCCCUCCUCACCAUCUUCUCCACCUACAUCCGGAGGAUGAGGAAGACCAAGGAGGGGGAGGACCUCUACAGCUGGUCCGAGUCGCAGGACCAGGUGUUUCUGCGCUGGACCACGGGGGAAACGGCCACCAUGCACAUCCUGGUGGUGCACGCCAUGGUCAUCUUGCUGACCUUGGGGCCGGCGAAAGGGGAGAACGAAUUCUACAACCUGCUUGACAUCUGGUUCCCUGACAAGAAGCCCCUCCCCACGGCCUUCCUGGUGGACACCUCCGAGGAGGCUCUCCUCCUGCCCGAUUGGCUGAAGCUGCGGAUGAUCCGCUCGGAGGUCGCGCGAUUGGUCGAUGCAGCGUUGCAAGACCUGGAGCCCCAGCAGCUGCUGCUGUUCGUCCAGUCGUUCGGCAUCCCAGUGUCCAGCAUGAGCAAGCUGCUGCAGUACCUGGACCAGGCCGUGUCCCAUGACCCGCAGACCCUGGAGCAGAACAUAAUGGACAAGACGUACAUGGCCCAGCUGGUUGAGGUGCAGCGUGAAAGAGGUGCCACCGGGGGGCACACUUUCCACACACUGCUCAGCUCCUCCAUUCCCGCUCGGAGAGACAGUGCGGAGGUGAGCCGGGCCAAGGUCACCGUGGAGACCCCUCAUAGUUCUGUCAAGAUGAGAGCAGCCAAUCAGAUGCCUGCAAUUGGUCCGGACGAUGACCUCACUGGCAUGCUUGCUCAGAUGUUCCCCCUGAAGGUGGACCCCCGCUGGCCCGGCCCGCCGCCUCGCCAGCUCUCCCUGGCGCUGCAGCAGGCCCUGGCACAGGAGCUGAUGCGCGCCAGGCAGGGGCAGCCACAGCCGGGCGGUGUGGCUGUCCGUCUCCUGCAGGCUCUCGCUACCCUGCUCAGCUCUGCCCACGCUGGGCCCCUGGUCUUGGCCAUGCACCGCAGCCACACCCUCUCCUGCCCGCUGCUGCGCCAGCUUCACCUCUACCAGCGGCUGGUCACCCAGGACGUGACCUUCUCCUCGCUCUUCUUCAAGGCCAUCAUCGAGAUGCUGACCUGGCUGGAGAACCCAUCUGUGGAGGCGGGGCCAAUGCAGACCCUGGUCAAGUCCUUCGCUGGACAGUUCUCUCACAAACAUCGGCUCAGCGAUGUUCGCACAGGUUUCCUGCACCUGGACAAGGACCUGGCCUACAGACGGGACUCUGAGGUGGCAGUCAGAGCCAUCAUCGCCUCCCUGAGGGCAGGGGAGAGGUGUAACGCAGAGCCUGAACUCAUAGGCAAAGUCUUACAGGGGCUGCUGGAGGUGAAGUCUCUGUACUUGGAGGAGCUGUUGUCCCUGUUAAUGACCGUCGGAACACAAACGGGAACAGCGGGCCCUGUUACCAUGGUGAUAUCUCUGCUCCUCCAGGGGAGCGAGGAGCAGGCCGUGAAAAUGGAGGCGGAUUCUAGAAUCCGCUCAGAGACAAAGACAGGGUCUUGCUCGGGUCUGCUGGUUGAUUGGCUGGAACACCUUGACCCAGAGGUGACCUCAGUGUGUCCAGACCUCCAGCAGAAGCUACUCUUUGCCCUCAACAAGGCGAGAGGGACCCCCUCCUACAGGCCUUACCUCCUGGCCCUGCUGACCCACCAGUCCAAUUGGACCACUCUCCACCAGUGCAUUAGCGCUCUCCUCGGCAAGCCCAAAGACCAGAGACUUGACCCCUCCUCAGCCCUGGACUUCCUGUGGGCCUGCAGCCACAUUCCUCGUAUCUGGCAGGGCCGCGACCAGAAGACUCCCCAGAAGCGGACGGAGAAGUUUGUCCUGCGUCUGAGCCCCGAGGAUCUCAUCAGCCUGGUGGACCUGAUCCUGUCUGAGUCAGAGCUGGACAGCCGUGACUCGCCCCAGGGCCACGGUGCGCUGGACCAGGCUUCCUGCUCCCUCAUCCAGGCCCGCCUGCCCCUGCUGCACUCCUGCUGCCAGGACCUGGAGGACGUCAAGAAGGUCUCCCAGUACCUCAUCAACUGCUCCAAAAAAUGGGGAGACGGUGUGAUGAGUAAGCGCUGUCAGAACCUCCUGCUCCAGAUCUACCUGCACUUCCCUGAGGUCAUCCAGCACGUCACCCUGCCCGAAGCCACCCUGAGCAGCGAGGGGGCCGCGGACGGGAGCACCUGCCAGAUGGACAUCCUGGUCCAUCGCCUGGUCACGCUACUGUCCGAUACGGGAGACUCCAAGUCGGCCGAGAACAGCAUGUCGGAUGCUAACCUAUCCUGUAGGAAGCUGGCUGUGUCCCACCCAGUCCUGCUUCUCAGACACCUGCCCAUGGUCGCAGGACUGUUACAUGGACGCAUCCACCUCAACUUCCAGGAGUUUCGGCAGCAGAACCACCUGGCGUUCUUCCUCAACGUGCUGGCCAUCCUCGAGCUGCUGCAGCCGCUGGUGUUCCACAGCGACCACCAGAGGGCGCUGCAGGACUGUCUGCUCUCCUUCAUGAAGGUUCUUCAGAAUUUCUUGCGAACUCGCUCACCACUGGUCUUCCUCAAUAAGUUUGUGCAAUUCAUCCAGAAGUACAUCAUCCAUAACGGGGCUGCAGCUAUCCCCUACCUACAGAAGCACUCUGAUAUUCUGCAGGCUCUCUCCUCAGAGAACCCAGAGCUGGGUCAGCUUAAGUCCCUGCUGGCCGGGCUCACUCUGCCUGUGAAGGCAGGCUCUUCUGAGGUCUCUGAGGAGGACAAAGAGGAUGAUUCCUCAGCGGGGUCGCUGCCCAUGGUCAGUAUAUCUGCCUCGUCUCCUGUGACUGCCGCUGACAUGACCAUGUGUCUGAAGAAGAUGUCCAGAGGAGAAGCAGUGGAAGACAUGCUGGAAGUGCUGGCGGAGGUGGACGAGAAGUCCAAGCGGAGCCCUGAGAUCAUCCAGUACUUUGCUAACGACCUCCAGAGACUGAUGAGCUCCUCUGAGGAGCUGUGUCGUAACAUGGCCUUCAGCCUGGCCCUGCGCUGCAUCCAGAACAACCCCCGCAUGGCAGCAGACUUCCUUCCUACCUUCAUGUACUGUAUGGGCAGCGGGAACUUUGAUGUGGUACAGACAGCCUUGAGGAACCUUCCAGAAUAUGUGCUGCUCUGUCAAGAGCAUGCAGACAUAUUGCUUCACAAGGCUUUCCUGGUGGGGGUCUAUGGACAGAUUGAUACCAGUUCUAUGAUCUCUGAGUCCAUGAAGGUCCUACACAUGGAUGCAACAACCUAACAACACGGAGACAAAUACAUUACAAAAUACCAAGACUGGAGCUGUUACUGCUACUGCAGUGUAACAACAUGUAUGCUUUGUCGUAUGACUCGUGUUUUACUGCUUGGUACACCAUCCCAUGCUCUUUUCUUUUAAUCAACAUUGUAGAUGCAAGAUAUGUGUUGAAUUCAGAUUGGCCUCGUAUGCUUUCAUGUGAUUAAAAAUCUUCAGGUUCUGCUUUCUACUUGUUUCGAAGUUCGGCUAGUAAUCACUGUAGUGUAUUUUGAAUUUAAAAAAAAAAUGUCAAAGUGAAUUUAGGAAGUGCAAGGCAUCCCUAGGAGUUCACACUCUUGCCAAUUAUCUACACAGAACAUGGUGAACCAAUUUUGUAUGUCAGUAAAUUGUAUCGAAUAAGCUUUCAGAAUCCGGUAGACCUAAUUAUUGUUUUUCAUAUCAAUAUUUCACCACAUUUUAACAAGAGAAACCGAGAACCUGUUAAUAGAACAAGGCUUGUUGCCCUUUCAUUUCAUUCCAGUCGUUCCUGAGUCCUGAUAAAGCUGGGAACAGCUGUCAUACGUGUUCUCUCUUUUCACUGAGCUGUAGCAGACAAAUUAAAGGCAUUCUGCAAAUGCUGUGAUGGAAACCAA